AAAAGAAAGAAAGAAAGAAGCCACGUUAGUGUUUCCAGGUGUUUUGCACACAUUCAUCUGCUUGUCGGUGGUCACCGAGUGGUUUUUACAGAUUCAUCUUAACUGGAGUGGGGCCGGCGCAGAACUAGGGAGUGCGGGCUUCUUUUUUUGCGGCCUGCGCAGCCCCGACCUAAAUUACUCAAGAGUCAGGUCAGGACAGGAUGGUGAAUCUGUGAGAUAGAGCGACUGGAACAUGCCAUUAAGUGGGCAUUGCCAAAUAAUUUUCUGAGCAGCAAAUAGAGAUUAUCAACAAUGAAGGUUGACAGAAGCAAGUUGAAGAAAACUCCUACUGAAGCUCCUGCUGACUGCAGGAUACUUAUAGAGAAGCUCAAGGCAUGCAAUGAUGAGCAACUACUGGUUGAACUGCAGCACAUCAAGACCUGGAAUAUUGGCAAGUGUGAACUUUACCAUUGGGUGGAUCUGUUGGACCGCUUUGAUGGCAUUCUGUGUGAUGCAGGCCAGACAGUAGAGAAUAUGUCAUGGCUGCUGGUGUGUGACUGUCCAAAGAAUGGACAGCUCAAAGCCUUGCUUUUGGCAGUGCUCAACUUCACAGCUUUGCUCAUUGAGUAUAGCUUCUCUAGGCACCUCUACAGCUCCAUAGAGCACUUGACCACCUUGUUAGCGUCAUGUGACAUGCAAGUGGUCCUGUCUGUGCUGAACCUACUCUAUGUGUUCAGUAAGCGGUCCAACUACAUCACAAGACUUGGAUCUGACAAAAGGACGCCUCUCCUGGCCCGUCUGCAGCACUUGGCUGAGAGUUGGGGAGGAAAGGAGAAUGGCUUUGGUCUGGCUGAAUGUUGCAGAGAUUUGGCUAUGACGAAGUAUCCUCCCAGUGCCACCACACUUCACUUUGAAUUUUACGCUGAACCAGGCCCUGAGGUCAAAGUAGAGAGAAAGCAGACAAGUAGUAACACACUACAUUAUAUUCACAUUGAGCAGCUUGACAAGAUUUCAGAGAGCCCAUCCGAAAUCAUGGAGUCACUGACAAUGAUGUACAACAUCCCAAAAGACAAACAGACCCUACUCUUCACUCACAUUCGACUGGCCCAUGGUUUCUCAAAUCACAAGAAGAGGCUGCAGGCUGUACAGGCCCGACUACAUGCUAUCUCUAUACUGGUGUAUUCAAAUGCGCUCCAAGAGUCCGCCAACAGUAUUCUGUAUAAUGGCUUGAUAGAGGAGCUGGUUGAUGUCUUGCAGAUUACAGACAAACAGCUUGUGGACAUCAAGGCAGCCUCUUUGCGCACUUUAACUUCAAUUGUCCAUCUGGAGAGGACGCCCAAGCUUUCCAACAUUAUCGACUGCACCGGCACUGCCUCGUACCAUGGCUUCUUGCCUGUGUUGGUUCGCAACUGCAUACAAGCAAUGAUUGAUCCUCUGAUGGAACCUUACCCACACCAGUUCGCCACAGCACUCUUCUCAUUUCUCUACCAUUUGGCUAGCUAUGAUGCUGGAGGGGAGGCCCUUGUGUCCUGUGGAAUGAUGGAAGCCCUCCUUAAGGUUAUCAAGUUCUUGGGUGACGAGCAGGAUCAGAUCACCUUUGUGACAAGAGCAGUACGGGUUGUGGACCUCAUCACCAACCUUGACAUGGCUGCCUUUCAGUCCCACAGCGGCCUUUCCAUUUUCAUCUGCAGGCUAGAGCAUGAGGUGGACCUGUCGAGGAAAGAGUGCCCUUUUGUCAUCAAGCCAAAGAUCCAGAGGCCUAGUGCAGCAGUUGAGUCUGAGGACAUGGACACAGACAUGGAGAUGUCAGAAGUUGCCAUGGAAAGCAGCCCCCGACCAUCAACAUCUUCUGGCUCCAGAGUUGAGGCAGACCACCGAGCACAGAGCAGCACUGCUAACACGCCUCGUGCAGGUAUGCAGUGUAUCCCCCAGAGGGCAGCUCUGUUAAAGUCAAUGCUAAAUUUCUUGAAGAAAGCCAUCCAGGACCCUGCCUUUUCUGAUGGCAUCCGCCAUGUAAUGGAUGGGUCCUUGCCUACCUCACUCAAGCACAUCAUCAGUAAUGCAGAAUAUUAUGGCCCCUCACUGUUCCUCUUAGCGACAGAGGUGGUGACGGUGUUUGUGUUCCAGGAGCCAUCCCUGCUCUCCUCCCUGCAGGAUAAUGGUCUCACUGAUGUCAUGCUGCAUGCCCUUCUCAUCAAAGAUGUUCCUGCUACCCGCGAAGUAUUGGGUUCUCUCCCCAAUGUGUUUAGUGCCCUCUGCCUGAAUGCAAGAGGCCUGCACUCAUUUGUUCAGUGCCAGCCCUUUGAGCGCCUCUUCAAAGUGCUUUUGUCUCCCGACUACCUGCCUGCAAUGCGACGACGGCGUAGCUCUGACCCUUUAGGUGACACUGCAUCCAACUUGGGCAGUGCUGUGGAUGAGCUCAUGAGGCACCAGCCCACUUUAAAAACAGAUGCUACUACUGCCAUUAUUAAGUUGCUUGAGGAGAUCUGCAACCUAGGUCGAGCUCCUGAGUACAUCUGCCAGAAACCAUCUAUCCAGAAAGCAGAUGGCACUGUGGCAGUUCCACCAGCACGCUCCAGCCAUGCUGCUGAAGAAGCUUCAAGUGAGGAUGAAGAGGAAGAGGAGGCUCUUCAUACAUUCAGCCAGCAGCAGGGGGAACCAGAGAGCAGCAGACAGUCAGUGCCACUUGAACUGGUGGUUGGCACUGAGGAACGGAUUCCCAUUCCUCUAAUGGAUUAUAUUCUUAAUGUGAUGAAGUUUGUGGAAUCCAUUCUAAGCAACAACACCACAGAUGACCACUGUCAAGAGUUUGUGAACCAGAAGGGGCUUCUGCCUCUGGUCUCUAUUCUGGGCCUGCCCAACUUGCCCAUAGACUUCCCCACUUCAGCUGCUUGCCAAGCAGUUGCUGGUGUUUGCAAGUCCAUACUGACUCUCUCACAUGAGCCUAAAGUACUCCAGGAGGGCCUGUGCCAACUGGACAGUAUUUUGACAUCUCUGGAGCCACUUCAUCGACCCAUUGAGGUGCCUGGUGGGUCUGUGCUUCUCAGAGAACUGGCUAAUGCAGGCCAUGUCACAGAUGCCACAUUGUCAGCCCGUGCAACGCCCCUUCUACAUGCCCUAACAGCAGCGCAUGCCUACAUCCUCAUGUUUGUCCAUACUUGCAGAGUCGGACAGAGUGAAAUCAGAGCUAUUUCAGUAAACCAGUGGGGCUCCCAGCUCGGCUUGAGUGUUCUCAGCAAGCUCAGUCAGCUAUACUGCUCUCUGGUGUGGGAGAGCACCGUCCUGCUAUCCCUUUGCACCCCUAACAGUUUGCCUCCAGGAUGUGAGUUUGGGCAGGCUGACAUGCAAAAACUUGUGCCCAAAGAGGAGAAGCCAUCUGGCAGCACUGCAACAUCUUUGGUGUCUGGGUCCAGGAGACCUGAGUCAGAGGCCGUGUCUGUGGACUCAUCUGCUGGUGGUCUGCUGGAAGGCAUGGGCCUAGAUGGGGAUACCUUGGCUCCCAUGGAGACAGAUGAACCCUCUGCAACAGACCCAAAGGCCAAGUCCAAACUUACUCCAGCUAUGGCCACUCGCAUCAAACAAAUUAAGCCCCUACUCUCCGCUUCAUCUCGGUUAGGCAGGGCUUUGGCUGAGCUCUUUGGCUUGCUAGUAAAGCUGUGUGUGGGCUCCCCAGUGCGCCAACGUCGCUCCCACCAUGCCACAAGCACUGGCACUACCCCAACACCUGCUGCCAGGGCCACUGCUUCUGCCCUCACCAAGCUGCUCACCAAGGGUCUAAGUUGGCAGCCCCCACCCUACACACCCACCCCUCGCUUUAGGCUGACUUUUUUCAUCUGCUCAGUGGGCUUCACAUCUCCUAUGCUGUUUGAUGAAAGGAAGUACCCCUACCACCUCAUGCUGCAAAAGUUCUUUUGCUCGGGAGGGCACGAUGCCUUAUUUGAGACAUUUAACUGGGCCCUGUCAAUGGGAGGGAAGGUACCCGUGUCCGAGGGUCUGGAGCAUCCUGAUCUACCAGAUGGAACCGGGGAGUUUCUGGAUGCCUGGUUAAUGCUGGUGGAGAAGAUGGUAAAUCCAAGCACUGUGCUGGACUCACCCCAUUCCCUGCCAGCUAAAAUGCCUGGGGUCACACCCACCAUGCCACAGUUCAGUGCCCUACGGUUCCUCAUUGUCACCCAGAAGGCUGCAUUCAACUGCAUCCGUAACCUGUGGAAUAGGAAGCCACUGAAGGUGUACGGGGGCAGGAUGGCUGAAUCCAUGCUGGCCAUUCUCUGCCACAUACUAAGAGGAGAGCCUGUUAUCCAGGAGCGCCUGGCAAAGGAGAGGGAGGGAACAGUGCGCCCAGAUGAUGAGGGAACCUCUGCCAGUUCGUUGGCACCUGGCGUGGCUCCAGGAGCAUCUUCAUCAAGUGGAGAGGCACCAGCAGUGAGUGGAUCAACUUCUGGAGGGCCAGCUGGAGGAUCAGCUGAUGAUUCUACCAAUUCUACCCCUAGACGUGAGCCCCAGGUUAACCAGGCUCAGCUAACACAGGGAAGAGGCAACAGGAUAGGGAGGCAUACACAGACCCAACACCAGCCUCUUCAGCAGCUGAUGGAUAUGGGUUUCUCAAGAGAACAUGCCAUGGAGGCCCUACUGAACACCAGCACCAUGGAGCAGGCAACUGAGUACCUACUUACACACCCUCCUCCACUUCUUGGUGGAGCAGUAAGAGAUCUGACUAUGUCUGAAGAAGACCAGAUGAUGAGGGCAAUUGCCAUGUCACUCGGGCAAGAGGUCAGCAUGGAGCAGCGCUCUGACUCUCCUGAGGAAGCAGCACGUCGGCGUGAGGAGGAGGACAGGAGAGCCAGGGAACGGGCAGAAGAGGAGGAGGCACGCUGCUUGGAGCGCUUCAUGGAGGCUGAGCCGCUGGACCCCCAGGAGCUACACGCCUUCACUGACACCAUGCUGCCUGGCUGCUUCCAUCUUUUGGAUGAGCUACCUGACACAGUUUAUCGACUAUGCGACCUGCUAAUGACUGCCAUAAAGAGAAGUGGUCCUGAAUACAGGGAUCUCAUCCUUGGCCAAGUUGUCCAGCAGGUGUGGGAGGCAGCAGACGUGCUAAUCAAAGCAGCUGAGCCGCUGACUACUAGUGACACAAAGACAGUAUCUGAGUGGACCAGGCAGAUGGCCACACUGCCCCAGGCCUCCAAGCUGGCAACAAGAAUUCUGCUGCUCACCUUGCUCUUUGAGGAACUAAAGCUGCUGGGUGCCAGAGUGAUUGAAAACAGUGGAAUUCUUGAUUUGCUCAUAAAGCUGCUUGAGGUUGUUCAGCCUUGCCUGCAAGCAGCUAAAGAACACAAAGACAUCCAGACACCAAAAUGGAUCACACCAGUGCUGUUGAUCAUUGAUUUUUAUGAAAAGAUGGCAGUCUCUUCAAAGCGCCGGGAACAAAUGAACAAGUAUUUGCAGCCAAAUGGGAAUAACUGGCGAUGGUUUGAUGACCGCUCAGGCCGUUGGUGCAGCUACAGCGCAUCCAACAACAGUACCAUUGACUCAGCAUGGAGGGCUGGAGAGAGCAGUGUCCGCUUCACAGCUGGACGGCGGCGAUACACUGUGCAGUUUAACACCAUGGUGCAGGUAAAUGAAGAAACUGGUAAUAGGAGGCCAGUUAUGUUGACUCUUCAGAGAGUGCCUCGAAUCCCCAAGCCUGCCAAGGGUGGUAGUGUUACUGACUCUGAGAGAGAGGAGGGUGACCGAGGCAAAGUGGAGGAAAGCCAGACUGAUCUGGAUUCAGGGACAGGAGUGGAGAUGAGUGCUCCUAAGGAUGAUUCCAGCCAGUUGAAGGAGACAACCUCUGGUCCCUCAUCUUCCCUGGAGUCUGACUACUCUCAGGGAUCUGAUAUUGUUGUACAAGGCCUGACUGAGGACAUGACCACUGUUCUUAUUCGGGCCUGUGUCAGUAUGAUUAGUGUUCCUGUGGACCCAGACACCCUUCAUGCUACACUGCGUCUCUGUUUGCGCCUUACACGCAAUCACCACUAUGCAAUGAUGUUUGCUGAGCUGAAGAGCACACGGAUGAUUUUGGGGUUGACACAGAGCUCUGGCUUCAAUGGCUUCACACCACUGGUUACUCUGUUAUUUAGACACAUCAUAGAAGAUCCGGCCACACUGCGGCACACCAUGGAGAAGGUGGUGAGAUCAGCAGUGACCAGUGGAGCAGGUAGUACCACAUCAGGAGUGGUCUCGGGCAGCCUUGGUUCCAGAGAAAUCAAUUAUGUCCUUCGUGUCCUGGGCCCAGCUGCCUGCCGUAACCCUGAAUGUUUUACUGAAACUGCUAGCAACUGUAUCCGCAUUGCUCUGCCUGCACCUCGUGGAGCUGGCACAACUUCUGAUGAUGAGUUUGAGAACCUUCGAAUUAAGGGGCCUAACGCUGUGCAGCUGGUGAAGACCACUCCUCUGAAACUUUCACCAUUACCACCUAUCCCAGACACUAUCAAAGAGGUCAUCUAUGACAUGCUUAAUGCUUUGGCUGCCUACCAUGCUCCUGAAGAACCUGAGCGCCCAGAAGAACGUGCAGCAGCUGUACCAGGUGGUCAAGACCUCUGCCAGAUUUUGCAGGAUGUUGGUGAUGAUGUUUACCAGCAGUACCGGCUCACCCGUCAGGGAAGCGACUUUGACUCCCAGUCGGCAUUCCAUAUCAAUACCCAAGUAUUUGCUGCUGAUGGAGGUGUUGCGGAGUCUUCCCAGUCUGGCACCCCACAAGGAGAAGCCUCCACACCAGAAGAAAUGCGGGAGGAGAAGAAGGAACAGGAGGGAGAGAAAAGUACCACUUCAGAUGAGAGUAAAGCCGCUAAGGUAAAGGCAAGCAAGCCUUUAAUGCCUACUUCUACCAUCCUGAGACUACUGGCUGAACUGGUACGCUCCUAUGUGGGAAUCGCGACACUAAUUGCCUCCUACUGUUACACUGCUGGGCAGUCUGAACUCAUUAAGGAGGAUUGCAGUGUCCUAGCCUUUGUGCUUGACCACUUGCUGCCUCACACCCAGAAUUCAGAGGACAAAGACACUCCAGCCUUGGCACGUCUUUUUCUAGCCAGCCUAGCAGCUGCUGGGACAGGCACUGAUGCCCAGGUUUCCUUAGUGAAUGAGGUAAAGGCUGCCCUUAGUCGAGCCCUAGCGAUGCCAGAAGGUGCUGAAAAACAUGCCAGGCUUCAGGCAGUGAUGUGUAUUAUCAGCACCAUCAUGGAGUCAUGUCCCUCCACAUCCAGUUUCUAUAGCACAGCAGCUGCCAAGACACAACAUAACGGCAUGAACAAUAUCAUAAGACUCUUUCUUAAGAAAGGACUGGUCAACGACUUGGCGCGUGUGCCACACAGCUUAGAUUUGUCCAGUCCCAACAUGGCGAACACAGUGAAUGCUGCCUUGAAGCCUCUGGAGACUCUGUCACGAAUUGUUAACCAACCUAGCAGUCUCUUUGGGGGCAAAGGAGGCUCCAGCAAGAACAAGACAGAGCACGACCCCGUCGGCACUGCCAGGGACAGCAACAGCAACACUCAAGACCAAGGAGAGUCAGGUGAGGCAGAGCCUGUGGAUGGCAGCCACAGAGUCCAAGGAACAGACAGUGACCUGAUGGAUGGAGAAACCGAGGGAGACACAGUGGUCAUUGCUGGCCAGCCAGAGGUUCUCAGCACACAAGCUAUGCAGGUAGAGAAUGAGUUGGUGGAUCUGAUUGAUGAGCUGUUGGAAAGAGAUGCCGGCACGGUCAACAGCACAAUUAUAGUUGGACGCAGUGGUGAAGAUGAAUCGCAAGAGGAUGUGUUGAUGGAUGAAGCUCCCUCCAAUAUCAGCCAGGCAUCCACUCUUCAGGCCAACCGAGAAGACUCCAUGAACAUUUUGGAACCAGAGGAUGAGGAGCACACACAGGAGGAAGAUUCUAGUGGCAGCAAUGAUGAUGAAGACAGCCAAGAUGAAGAGGAGGAAGAGGAAGAAGAGGAGGAGGAGGAUCAGGAUGAUGAAGAAGGAGAUGAGGAUGAUGAUGAUGAAGGUUCAGAGAUGGAGUUGGAUGAAGACUUUCCUGACAUCAAUGCUGCACCACACAUCCGCUUUGAGAGGUUUGACAGGGAUGAUGACCUCAUCAUCGAGUUUGACAACAUGUUCUCCAAUAAUGCUGACAUUCCUCCUUCCCCAGGCAACAUCCCUAGCUCCCACCCACUGAUGGUGCGUCAUGCUGACCACGGAUCCCUCACCCUAGGUGUGGCAGGCACUAGUAGCCGCUUGGCGCAGGGCAUGGGUCGCAGCCAGCGAACACUGCGCCAGCUCACUGCCAACAGUGGACACACCAUCCAUGUCCACUAUCCCCAUAAUCGUCAGCCCAACCCACCACUUAUCUUGCAAAGAUUACUGGGCCCCAGUGCAGCAGCAGACAUUCUACAGCUUUCCAGUUCUCUGCCUCUGCAGUCACGUGGUCGUGCCCGCCUUUUGGUUGGAAAUGAAGAUGUGCAUAUCAUAGCUCGUUCUGAUGAUGAGUUAUUAGAUGACUUCUUCCAUGAGCAGAGCAGUACCGGAGGUCAAGCGGGGACCCUCUCUAGUAUUCCUACUGCCUUGACUAGAUGGACAGAUGAGUGUAAAGUCCUGGAUGCUGAGAGUAUGCACGACUGUGUUGCAGUGGUGAAGGUGCCUAUCCUGCAGCAUCUGGAGAAUCUGCGAGAUGAGGAGCUGGAAGAACGUAGCGAGAAGAGGAGGCGGCAGUUAGCUGAGGAGGAGGAGUCCAAACAAAAUGAGAGGAGAGCCUCCGGAGCAGAACAGGCCAGAGAACAGAGCCUGCAGGGUUCUGGGUUGGGGACAGUUAAUGGUGCAGAGAACACAGCAGAAGGUGAGCAGGCUCAGGGUGGUGCUGUGUCAUGUCUGGAUCCACCCAGGGUCUCAGAGGGCUUCCUCACUGCUCCGCCAUCUGGAGAGGUCACUCCAACCACACCUGCUCCUCACGAACAGGCCCUAGUCUCCCUGGAGACUGCUAUUAGUCAGCAGGUCCACCAACCAAUAGCUGACCUUUUACUGGCCGAGUCGCAUGCUAGCUCACUGGCUGCUCUGGCAGGGGCUGGCCUUCCACCCUUGUCAACAGCUGAGAGGCCAAACAGUGAAGCAGAGGCAUCACAGAUGGAAAUGUCCCCGGCACCCACAAUUGGUGAGAGAGUCGGAGGAGGAGGAGGUGGUGGAACAUUGGAUGAAGUCAGGGAAGCUUCCCUAAGUCCAGACAUUGUAGAGAACUCUGAACCUGCAGCAGCUGGUGUAUCGCAACUGGAGGGGUCACCAAUGGAUACCAGCAGCCCUGCCUCUGCCACUCAGGAAGAAGCUGGCCCCAACACUGCCCAACCCACCCAGCUGUCUCAGGAGCUGUCUGGAAGUGGGGAGAGUGGCCUAACUGACAGGCAGACAGAUGCAGAAACUGGUUCUACUUCUGUUUCAUCCCCUGGGGAAACUAUGCCCCGGAGUGACAGUGCUGACAGCCAGUCUCAGGCCAUCCAGGAAGAGCCCCUUCCCUCUACAAGCAAUGAAGAAGAGGAUCCACUUGCAGGCAUCAAUCUGCCAGAGGGUGUAGAUCCCUCCUUCUUGGCAGCGCUUCCUGAGGAUAUCCGCCGAGAGGUGCUGCAGAAUCAGCUUGGCAUCAGACCACCCUCCCGUCCUCCAGCUGCUACAAGCCUGCCCUCUACUACCGCACCUGUACUGGGAGGGCCUGGGGUUACAGAGGUCAGCCCUGAAUUCCUGGCAGCAUUGCCACCUGCCAUUCAGGAGGAGGUUCUUGCCCAGCAACGAGCAGAGCAGCAGCGUAGGGAGCUGGCCCAGCAGCCUCCACAAGGAGACACACCUUUGGAUCCUGUGACUUUCAUCCAGACGCUGCCCUCCGAGCUCCGUCGUAGUGUCCUCGAAGACAUGGAGGACAGCGUGUUGGCUGUGAUGCCUCCCGACAUUGCUGCUGAAGCUGCUGCAUUACGCCGAGAGCAAGAGGCACGUCAGAGACAACUGAUGCACGAGAGGCUGUUUGGUCAUAGUUCAUCUUCAGCGCUUUCAGCCAUCUUGCGCUCACCAGCCUUCACUAGUCGAUUAGGAAGCAAUCGUGGCGUCCAGUACACUCGACUUGCUGUGCAGAGAGGAGGGACAUUUCAGAUGGGGGGAGGAACAAAUCACAGACCAUCCAGUUCAAGUGUGGACUCUCUGUUGCGCCUGCGUGGACGGUUGCUCCUGGACCAUGAGGCUUUGUCCUGCCUGCUGGUUUUGCUGUUUGUGGAUGAACCGAAGCUCAACACCAGCCGUCUGCACCGUGUGCUCAGGAACCUCUGCUACCAUUCUCAGACACGUGGGUGGGUCAUUCGCAGUCUGUUAUCCAUCCUCCAACGCAGCAGUGAGAGUGAGGUAUGCGUGGAGACCUCACGUCUAGAGGACUCUCGUGGGAAGAGGACCAACCAGGGAAGCUGUGGAGGAAAAGGUGCAGCCACCUCGUCCCUCUCUUCAUCCUCCUCUUCUUCUUCAUCCCCAGCUUCCUCCUUAGAGUUAUUGAACCGGGUGGAGUCUCGCAGCUCCAGUCAGCUUUCCUGGCUCUCUGUUUCUAUGGACGCAGCCUUGGGUUGCCGGACAAAUAUUUUUCAGAUUCAGCGAGCAUCAGGUAGGAAGCAUGCCGACCGUCAUUCAACUGGUGGCUCUUCAGGUUCUGGGACAUUGGGAGGAGGAGUGUCAGGGGGUGCUGCAAGUGUUACAUGUGCUGGAGGUGGAGGCUCCACUGUUCACAUCCACCCACAGGCUGCUCCAGUGGUCUGUCGACAUGUUCUGGACACACUUAUCCAGCUAGCUAAGGUGUUCCCCAGCCACUUCACGCAGCAACGUUGUAAGGACUUGUCAGCUUCGUCUUCUGACCUAGAUUCACGUCUUUGUUCAGGCUCCUCUGGAGGAGGGGGUGGAGGUGGGGGCUCCAGGUCAGGGUCACAGUCUCAGAGCAACCCUAAUGCCUCCAACACCCAGAACUCCCUAGGGUCUUCUGCCUCUAUUCCCCAGUCCCUGGGAAUCUCCACCGAUUUUUGGGACUUAUUAGUCAAACUUGACAACAUGAAUGUCAGCCGCAAGGGCAAAGCCUCAAUGAAGACAGUGCCUCUAGGUGGAAGUGCAGAGGCAGAGGGAGCCCAGUUCAGCUUAGAGACCUCUCCUCUAGGCCAGCUGAUGAACAUGCUGUCCCAUCCUGUAAUCAGACGGAGCUCCUUGCUCACUGAAAAGCUGCUGCGCCUGCUCUCCCUUAUAUCCAUUGCCCUGCCUGACAACAAGGCCACAGAGGUGCCUGCUGGACACCCAACUCCACAGGCUCCCAACCCCAACACAGCAACCAGCUCAGGAGCCACACCCUCAGUCACAACACAAGGCGCACCCGCAGUGGGCUCUAUCCAGUCCACUGUGGCAGGCCCAGGGGUUUCUGUAGGAGCUGUAGCCCAGGGUACAUCCUCAGGGACAAGUAUAGCAACCUCCCAGACAUCUUCUACAACAAUCUCUAUACCCAUGUCUACUGGAACAGCUUCUUCAGGAGGAAAACAGAGGGGCGCUGCUAGCAAUACAGAGAGUGAAAAGAUGGCAUCCACUGGACUGACAGAGAAACAGCUUCAGCUCUCUGUCGAGGUGUUGACAUCUCACUCGUGUUCAGAGGAAGGCCUGGAAGAUGCAGCUAACAUUUUGCUGCAGCUAUCUAGAGGAGACGCUGCCACCAGAGACACUGUGCUCAGACUGCUGCUUAGUGGAGCAAGACAUCUCGGAUACACUCUUUGCAAACAGAUCGGGACAUUAUUGGCUGAGCUUAGAGAGUACAACUUGGAGCAGCAGAGACGGGCACAAGCUGAUUCACAUUCCCCUGAUGCACCUCCUGAGGAUUCCUCCAUAUCAGCCAGACUGAAGGGCAAGAUGACUAGCAGGUUAGCUAGUGACAAUUCUCAUUGGUUUGACGGGUCAGAGAGCGUGGUGAUUGUUGCGGCACAGAAGCGCACCCUUGGGGGGCGUGAAUUACAACUUCCUUGUAUGAGCUCACUAACAUCCAAGACAUCGACACAGAAGUUUUUCUUGCGAGUGCUGCAGGUUAUUAUCCAGCUCCGUGAGGAUACAAGGCGUGCCAACAAGAAAGCCAAACAGACAGGGCGCUUAGGCUCCACCAGUUUGGGCUCUGCAAGCAGCAUCCAGGCUGCGGUGCGUCAGCUGGAAGCCGAGGCCGAUGCCAUCAUCCAGAUGGUGAGAGAGGGGCAACGGGCACGUCGGCUGCAACAGGCCCCCCCACCCACCGCCCCUUCUGCCUCUGCCGCCGUUGCUGCCGGAUCCUCAGUAGCUGCCCCUCAUCCUCCCGCUGGGGCUGCUCCCCCUGUUGGCACGGCUGCUGCUGCUACGUCUGAAGGACAGUCAGUUUCAGAAUCCCAGGCAGCACAGAGAGAUGAUUCUCCAAUGGAUGUGGACCAACCAUCUCCUCUAGAGCAAGACCCUGCACCUCUGGAUGAAGAAGGAAAUGGUCAAUCAGAGAGUGAAGAGAGACUUCCAGAUCUCCCUCUGCUCAGUGAGCAGCUGUUGUUGGAUGAACUAUGGGACAUGCUCGGGGAGUGUCUGAAAGAGCUGGAGGAGUCCCAUGACCAGCAUGCUGUAUUGGUUCUUCAGCCUGCUGUGGAGGCCUUCUUUCUAGUCCAUGCCACGGAGCGAGAGAGCAAACCUCCUGUGAGGGAUACACGGGAGAGCCAGCUUUCUCACAUCAAAGAUGAACCUCCACCACUGUCUCCUGCACCUCUUACACCUGCCACACCUUCAUCUCUAGACCCGUUCUUUUCCAGGGAGCCAUCCUCCAUGCACAUCUCUUCAAACCUGCCACCAGACACCCAGAAGUUCCUACGCUUUGCUGAAACUCACCGCACAGUGCUUAAUCAGAUCCUGCGUCAGUCAACCACUCACUUGGCUGAUGGACCGUUUGCAGUAUUGGUUGACUACAUACGCAUCCUAGACUUUGAUGUUAAGAGGAAGUACUUCCGCCAAGAAUUGGAACGACUGGAUGAAGGCCUGAGGAAGGAGGAUAUGGCUGUGCACGUGAGGAGAGAUCAUGUGUUUGAGGACUCUUACAGGGAGCUGCAUCGCAAGAGCCCAGAGGACAUGAAGAAUAGGCUAUACAUUGUUUUUGAAGGGGAGGAGGGCCAGGAUGCUGGUGGCCUGCUGAGAGAAUGGUACAUGAUCAUCUCCCGGGAGAUGUUCAACCCAAUGUACGCCCUGUUCCGUACUUCGCCAGGGGACCGUGUCACCUAUACCAUCAACCCAUCAUCCCACUGCAACCCCAACCAUCUCAGCUACUUUAAGUUUGUGGGUCGUGUUGUGGCAAAGGCAGUCUAUGAUAAUCGGUUACUGGAAUGCUACUUCACCCGCAGCUUCUACAAGCACAUCUUGGGCAAAAGUGUCAGGUAUACGGACAUGGAAAGUGAGGAUUACCCAUUCUUCCAGGGUUUGGUUUACCUGUUGGAAAAUGAUGUUUCCACCCUGGGCUAUGAGCUGACAUUCAGCACAGAGGUCCAAGAGUUUGGGGUAUGUGAAGUCAGAGACCUCAAGCCAAAUGGAGCCAAUAUUCUGGUCACAGAGGAAAACAAAAAGGAGUAUGUGCACCUGGUGUGCCAGAUGAAGAUGACAGGUGCAAUCCGCAAGCAACUGGCAGCCUUUCUUGAAGGUUUCUAUGAGAUCAUCCCCAAGAGACUGAUCUCCAUCUUCACUGAGCAGGAGCUGGAGCUGCUCAUUUCUGGCCUGCCAGCUAUUGACAUCGAUGACCUCAAGGCCAACACUGAAUAUCACAAGUACCAGUCCAGCUCCAUCCAGAUUCAGUGGUUCUGGAGGGCUUUGCGGUCAUUUGAUCAGGCAGACCGGGCCAAGUUCCUACAGUUUGUCACUGGCACAUCCAAAGUUCCCCUGCAGGGCUUUGCAGCUCUGGAGGGCAUGAACGGUAUCCAGAAGUUCCAGAUCCACCGUGAUGAUCGAUCCACUGACCGCCUGCCAUCUGCUCACACCUGCUUUAACCAGCUGGACCUUCCAGCCUACGAGAGCUACGAGAAGCUGAGACACAUGCUGCUGUUGGCCAUUCAGGAAUGCUCCGAGGGAUUCGGACUGGCUUAAACUCUGAGACUCUUAACACACACAGACUUGCAUACACUUAAUUUUAGGUUUGCCUACUCCUGACACAUUCACACUGAUAACCUUUGAACACACACAUACAUACACACACACACACACACACACCAUUAUAGACAUUACUGGAUUACUUGUUGAAUGGCCUAGACUUGCUGGUUUCGAUUCCAUAUAAAACCGAUAAAACCAGCAAGUGAAAUAGACUGAUUGACGUUGCGUACAACACAGAGAGCCUCAUUUUGACACUGUUGUGUCUCCCUUCCCAAUUUAAUGGCAAAUGCAAAGGAUAAAACAUGGACUAAUAUAAAAGAUGUUUUCUUCAUUUAGUUUGAUUUCUCUGUACAAAAGGUUUGGGAGUUUAUUAUGUUCAAUCUUUUUUUGUUCUCUGGCUGUGUAAAAAGAAAAAAUAGAAUGUUUGAACAGGAUGGUUAUAAAACCUUUGGGGAAAAAAUGUUGGUGGUUUCCUGUUGCAAAUUUGUGACCUCACAAGCCUUGAUGAUGGGGAACAUUUUUAUGGGGGGUAUAUGAACAACUUGAAAAGUUUUGGAGCUAUUCACAAAAAUGCACUUUUCAAAGUUUUGUGGCAUUUUUAAGGAUGGUACAAAAAAUGAAGAGAAAACCUGAAGGAGAUUUAAAAAAAA